UCAGUCGUACCCACGUGUCACCCUUCUUCCUUUCCAAUUUCAGCCACUUGUCCUCUGCAAACUGCUUUCUUUGUCCCACUUCCUUCCACACUCGAAUUCCAUGCCCCAUUUUCCUUCCUUCUUUCAUUCAUUUUUCAUUCUGUUAACUAUUCUUCUUGUUUUCUUCAUUUUACAGCCAUGACAGCCACCUUUUUGCUACCAACACAACAUUUUCUUGAUUGUUUAUGCUUCUACCAUCCAUUUGUACGACAUGUUUAAUUGAUUUUUAUGUUUAUUUUGUAAUUUUUCUUAUAUUCUUGGUGUAAAAACUUAAUCGUGAAGCAAAAAUGCAGUUAAAGAUCACAUAUUUUCAUCAGGACAUUUUUAAAUUGGAUUAUGGAAUGUUGAGAAUUGCAGAAACAUGUGAAAACAGUUAAGUUUGAUUUUUUUUUUUUUUGGUGUAUGGUUAUACCAUGGGUGAUGCAGAUGAUCAGAGGAGGAGAAGUAGAGUGGAGAUGGAGAAUCUUUCAUUGGAUACAAGCAGAUUUUCAAGGGAUUUAUUACAAAGAUUUAUGGGCACUUCAGAAAAAUCUGAAGCUGAGGAAGCAAGUGAGGAUAUAAAUGAAGAUGAGUUGAAUCUUGGAUUGUCAUUAGGAGGAAGAUUUGGUGUGGAAAAGAGCUCAUUGGUGAGGUCAUCUUCUAUAGCUGCUUGUUUGCCAACAAUUAGAGAUGAUGAUGUAGUGGCAUCAUCAUCAUCACAACCAGUGACUUAUAAUCCUAGCAGCUUGAUGAGAACUUCUUCAUUGCCAGUGGAAACAGAGGUAGAAUGGAGGAAAAGGAAGGAAUUACAGAGUUUGAGAAGGAUGGAGGCUAAGAGGAGAAGAUCAGAGAAAGUACAGAGGAAUUUCUUAAGAGGUACUGAGAAAUGUAUGGAAGAUGAAAAGAGAGGGACUGAUCAGAUGAAUUUGAAAGGCAGUAGAUUAAUGGAGAAGGAACAGUUCUUGGCUACUGCAAAAAAGUUUGGUUGCAAGUUGCCAACAUUGGCUGCUUUUGGGGCUGAUAUGGAAAUGACAAAAGGGAAAGAAAGCUACUUAGGUAGUAAAAUGCAAGAUAAAAGGAAUCAAGCAUCACAAGGGUCGAUGGAAUCCCAAGGUGGUUGUUCUUCAAGUAUAUCUGAAUUGGAAAGUAAACCUGCACUAGGAUCGGCUGAGGCGAGCCCUCCCAGUAUCCAAUCAUUAAAGAGAGACUUUGGAAGCAGAACACCAAGUGAGCAGGAAACUAGUCCAUCUAACAAGGUUGAUAAACCAAAAAGUCGAGUGCAGGAAACGGGGACAAAUGCAUUGGGGGACAUGCCAUGUGUUUUCACAAAAGGAGAUGGUCCUAAUGGGAGGAGAAUAGACGGUAUAUUAUACAAGUAUGGUAAGGGAGAUGAGAUUAGAAUUAUGUGCGUGUGUCAUGGAAGUUUUCUGUCACCUACUGAGUUUGUGAAGCAUGCUGGAGGCAGCGGCGUUGCUCACCCUCUCAAGCAUAUAGUUAUAAAACCCAAUCCUUCUCCCUUUAUAUGAGCACAAUGCAUGGUAAUAUAGCCUCUUUUGCAUAAUGUUGGAGGAGAGCAUCAUACAAUACAACAUGCAGAGCAGUAACCAAGACCUUUUUUUUCCUUACUUUUUUCUUUUAAUCCUUCUCAUCACGAGGAGUGAAGACUAACUUAUAUCUAUUUACUUGUGCACAUUUUAAUGAAAUAUGGGAGCAAUAGAACUUGACCAGUGUCGCAUGCUUGACCUUA